AUGCAUUCGUUACGUCACCUAUCCUCAAAUUUUGGAUCGAAGUUUUCAAGAAAGUUAUUUAGGCAGAUAAUAAGUAAAGGUGGACUAAGAUUUUCGUCAAGUAUUGGAAAUCCACCUGAUAUAGAAAGCAAUCCACAAUUUGGAAUCCCUAAAGGGAUAGUUGGACAACCGACAUGUUACACUCAUCCUCACUUGAUACCAAACGGUCAUCUCACUUGUGGUAUCACACAACAAGAGUAUAAAGAUAGAAGGGACAAUUUAGUCAACAAAUUAUUGACUGAACCAGAUCAUGCUAACAAAUCACAUAUUAUAAUAAUACCAGCAGCUCGUAAACAAUAUAUGUCAGAUAAAAUUCCUUAUGUCUUCAGACAGAAUUCAGAUUUUUUUUAUCUAACAGGAUGUAUGGAACCAUCUGCUAUCCUCGUCAUGGUAAAACAAGCCCUAUCGAAUAAUUACACAACUAUUCUUUUUGUGCAUGAGAAGGAUAGUCAUGCAGAGUUGUGGGAAGGGCCUAGAACAGGUUGUACCAUGGCACCAACAUUAUUCGCUGUUGAUGAAGCAAGACCAGUUGAGAGUUUUAGUCAUUUUUUAAUUCGGCUAAUAUCAUCAUCAAAACCGGCAGUUCUCUGGUACCAUAAUGAAACAGCAGCUAACCCUGACAUCCACGAAACUGUGUGCACCUCAAUGCGUCAGAGUCAUGUUUCUGUAGACGACCCUCAGAAAGCCUUACACCAGAUGCGAGUAGUCAAAUCACCUGCAGAAGUGGAACUUAUGAAAGAGACCUGUUAUAUUGGAUCCCAGUCAGUCAAUUUGGCAAUGGCAUGUACGAAACCUGGAGUGUCAGAGCACGCAAUAACCGCUCUCCUGGAGUACUCGUCGCGCUCGCACGGCGCCGAGCACGCCGCCUUCCCGCCGGUGGUGGCGGGCGGCGCGCGCGCCACGCACAUACACUACGUGAACAACAACCAACUGCUGCGUGAUGGAGAGAUGCUCCUCGUUGAUUCUGGUUGUCAAAGAUGGUUAUACAACUCUGACAUCUCCCGCACAUGGCCGGUCUCCGGCAAGUUCUCCAAGCACCAUCGAAUUCUAUACGAGCUGGUUCUCUCUGUACAGAAACGUCUAAUAGAACUGCUGGGCGAGCAUCGGCCGCCGCUCGAUCAGCUGUUCGACCACAUGUGCCGGCUGCUGGGCACCCACCUGCAGCAGGAGGGCAUACUGCCCAAGAAUAUAGACUCUAACGAACUUAUUGGAAAAGCGUACCGCCUGUGCCCGCACCACGUGUCGCACUACCUGGGGCUGGACGUGCACGACGCCGCGCGCGUGCGGCGCCGCGUGCCCGUCGCGCCCGGCAUGGUGCUCACUGUCGAGCCCGGUAUAUACAUUCGGCCGGACGACACGUCUGUGCCAGAAGAGUUUCGAGGAGUCGGCAUCAGGAUAGAAGACGAUGUCCUGAUCACAGACAAUGAAACUCUCGUACUUACAAACACCUGUGUCAAAGAAGUAGAGGAUAUAGAGGCGAUAGUAGGCAAGCAGAAUAUG